AUGGUUGGUCCCCUGAUCCCUGACAGAGCGUCUGAAGUGGCCGUCGCAAUCGAGCCACUAAAGCGUUUCUUCACUGUCGGCCAACAUCUACUGGACCUCCUCCUGGUGGCCAUCACUGGCUUCACUGGCGACGACGUAUCCGAGGAGGACGCGGACGCCGGAAGCUCUGGAGGAGGAGGGGGUGGAGGAGGAGGAGGAGGGGGAGGAGGAGGGGGAGGAGGAACUUCUCUACCUCCACCAAUAACUAUACCUACUGGCGCCGGUAAAACAACAACGCCGGACAGUAGCAGUGUUGCUACUACUGUCCAACAAACACCCCAGCCGGGCGCUAACCAACCACAAACCCAGCCGGGCGCUACCCAACCACAACCCCAGCCGGCCGUAACCACACCCUCAAACGAACCGCCCGAACCCAUCAAGGAGCUCAUGUGCACGUUGGGCGGCAUUGCGGCUGCGAUCAAGAGGUUUCCUCCUGACGGACUAUGCGACCACAUCUACUACACGCACGUGUACAUCAACUCGAACACCAGCGAACUCCAGUCGUUGACCCCCGUCUCCAGCUACAAAGUGUUCCUGGCGCACAUCAAGUCAUUAAGCCGAACCAAAGGAGGGCUCUCCUUCGACGUACAUGGGGCAAACGGCCAGCUGGUGGCGAAUGCAAAGGCAGCGCUGGAGGAUCUUCAAACGAAAAAUGUCGUAAACUACGGUUCCCUGAAUGUCAUCGGCGCAGUGCAAGACCUUAAGCGCAUGGUUCGGAACGCCUUGGGUUUGCUCGAGGAACUCAGGGGCAUCCAAGGAGACGACAAAACCAAGAGAACGGUCAUCGCCAUCGGUGGCCUCAAUUACGACAGCGUGGACGCGUUUGACGAGUACGAGGCCGUGAUCAAGAUGGCCGGAGAUCGUCAGUCCGGGGCCGACACUGUGAUUGCCAUCUCCUCCACCAACGCCUGGCAUUCCGACAUAGCCAGCUGCACGGUCAUUCCACCGACAACACUCAUUUCCACCGACGCACGCUUCCCGAGCCUGGUGCGCAACGCCGAAAUGGUUUCAGAGAAAGGCCGCCUCAUCUCGGACUACGCCAUAGCGGGUGUCUCAAUCGAGAUGGGUGCUUUGCUCUACAUUUUCAGUGACGACGUCAGUGUCCCGCUCACCCAAAUCCUCUUCAAGCCCUGCAUCUCAGCCACGCUUGCACAUCUGGACAUGGCUUGCGAAAGUGAAAUAGCAGGGCGGGUCACUAUCAAGGACUUCAACGCUGCUUUCGGCAACAGCACAAAGAAAAUGGUCCUCUUGUACGACAAUACCGCCACAGUCAAGCAAAAGGCGCAGACCAUCGCCCGCAAACUUGACCGAAGGCGCGCUGCGUGGAUGUACUUCGACAUUCACUUCACCGACUUCUUGAGCAGAUGUGCCUUCAGCGGCCCGUAUGAGCCCAUUCAAGUACUGCGCGACGAAUUCAUGAGGACCACCCGGUAGUGCGGCAAUAAAUGCGUCGAUGGAGCGUAGUUCCUUUACUAUAUGCACGGUGUUUCUGCUGACAUUUUGGUGGAUUCACUUCCCGUCUGUGGUCUCGACUAUAGCAAACUUGCUCUCUCGACCCUAUCCAGUACCUGACACCUGGAGCAACGAGACACACUAUAGUGCGCAUUCCCUAUCACCGUACUUGGGGAUGAAUGCGUUAGGGUGGUCGUUUUGUAAUCGUUGUUUCUUUUUUUUUUCAGACAGCAAUAACAGGGUGCAAUGGCUCCCUCUAUGCACCACAUCCUCACAUCAAGUAACCUGUCGGGAACAUUGUCCGUGCUAUCUUCAUUACAGUUUCCCUUUAUUGUCCUAAAAGGCCCCGGGAGAGGGCAUAUACAUAAGCGAUCGGUUUUACAUAUGUUCCACAUCGUUUUCAUAUCAUUAACUAUAUUGAACGUUUUUAAUUACAUGUUGUUGGUGCCAGGACGGGCAAUCGAUGGCAGCAGGAAGGCCGCUGUGGUCUCUCGCAGUUCGAGUAAUGAUCGAGGCCGGGUAAUGAGCAGUACUGCCGCGCGGGCGUGUCACUUGCGGCGGAUGGCUGGUGCGGUCAGAGAUGCCGUGCUGCGGCAAUGGUGCAUCGUUGGGAGAUGAUGGGUGUGGAGCGAGAGCUUGUGUUAGUGUUCAAUACUAGCAAUACUUGGGCGAUUAGAUAAGUAUGUUAACCCGGAUGCUUGUUUCAGUGCAGAAAUACCGACGUCAUAUGAAUAGUGAGAUAGAUGAACCUAGUAGCGCGGCUCCGAGCAGAUUCAACUAAGUGGAUUACAUAUGUUGCUUGCGGCCUCCAGAUGUAAGAUGCAUAUCCCAGUUUUGAUUCAAUGAGUGAUUUAGAGGAAACCA